AUGACGGUCUUCAUAGCAUCUUUGUUUCUGCCCUACACAGUUAACUUUCACAUUAACAACUUGCGCACCCGCUCUCCCCCUUCUGGCCCUCCAUCCGCGAACCCCACCGUUGAGGGUAUUACUCCCAUACCCAAUGCUGCUGCGAGCUUGUUCGAGAAGAACAAUGCAGGAACAGUACCGGGUCUUACACCGGGAGCUACAACAGAUCAUGAGCGCAUCUUUGCUUCCCGUGUAGCCAAGGCAGAAGAAAGGAAAAAAGGGUAUCCGUUCCCUUCAGCCGCAGAGCAGGACAACCGGCUUCUCACGGAAAGUGAAGGCCACUCCCCUAUAUGGGGUGCGACCACUUCGCUCAAUCAGCCAAAGCCGCAGACAGUGGUAUCGCCGUCCCCAUCUAUUCUUAAGCACCAAGAUCCUCGCCCAGUCAAGGAAUCUGUGUCGCACCGGCCUCCUGCGGCCCAGCUCGUCGCAUAUCCAAGACUAAGAAAGGGUAGCACAGCGAGCCGCAAUUUGUCGUUCUCCAAAGCGGAAUGGACCAUCGAAACUGCGGAGCAGGGCAAUGGUGGCCUGCGCAACGCGGUGCGAUCCGCAACAGACGCCGGAUUUUUGGAUAACAUGAUGUGGGUGGGCACCUUGGGAAUGCCCACUGAUGCCUUGGCACAACACACCCGGCGAGAUAUUGCGGAGAAAUUGGAAGAUGAGUAUGGUUCGUUGACGGUUUUUGUAAAUGACGGUGAUUUCGACGGUCACUACACCCAUUUUUGCAAGACCAUUCUAUGGCCUGUAUUUCAUUACCAGAUCCCAGAUAACCCGAAGAGCAAAGCUUAUGAGGAUCAUUCGUGGAUCUACUAUGUUAAGCUGAACCAGGCUUUUGCAGAGCGCAUUGCUAAGCACUGGAAGCGCGGUGAUGCGAUCUGGGUUCAGGAUUAUCAUCUUCUACUGGUUCCAGCUAUGCUUCGCAAGCUCGUGCCAGAUGCAAAAAUUGGGUUUUUCCUGCACAUUGCGUUCCCGUCGUCGGAAGUUUUUAAGUGCUUGGCACCACGCAAGGAGCUUUUAGAAGGAAUUCUCGGCGCCAACCUCAUUGGUUUCCAGACGGAUGAAUACUGCCGACAUUUCCUGCAGACAUGCAGUCGGAUUUUGUGUGUGGAAGCGACACCCGAGGGAAUUCAGUUGGAAGAUCGGUUUGUUAACGUGGGCACAUUCCCUAUUGGCAUCGAUCCGACAUCUUGGGAUAAGCGCCGUAAGGCGACGGACGUGGAGCGAUGGGUCGGCACAAUCUCAGAACGCUAUCAGGGAAAGCGCCUCAUUGUGUCGCGCGACAAGAUUGAUUCUGUACGGGGUAUUCGUCAGAAGCUUCUUAGCUACGAGCUGUUUUUGAACACCUACCCGGAAUGGGCGGAUAAAGUCGUGUUGAUUCAAGUCGCAACCAGCACUACGGAACAACCCGAAUUAGAAGCAACCAUCUCUGAUAUUGCCAUGCGCAUCAACUCUACACACUCGACCCUCGCUCAUCAGCCUUUGGUCUUCCUCAAGCAAGACUUGGCUUUCUCCCAAUACCUCGCUCUUAUCACUGUGGCAGAUGCCUUGAUGAUUACUAGUCUACGAGAGGGCAUGAACCUGACUAGUCACGAGUUUGUCUACUGCCAGGAUGGUCGCUGUGGCGACAAAGCCUAUGGCUCACUGAUUCUUAGCGAGUUCACUGGCAGCGCAUCUGUUUUUGGGAACCAUGCUCUUUUGGUCAACCCAUGGGAUUAUCGCCAGUGCUGCGAGGCAAUACACACAGCUCUGACUCGUGAUGAAACGGAGCGGAAGCAAGUUUGGGAGGAGCUAUUCCGUGCUGUGCUGAAAAAUUCAACUGGCAACUGGGUCAAAUCAUUCGAUGAAACCCUCACUCGAGUCUGGAAUGAGCAAUCCUCGCGAGAGAUCAUGGCAGUACCCCGGCUAUCUGUAUCACGGCUCACCGAGCGGUAUCGCCAGUCCAAAAAGCGACUCAUGAUUGUGGAUUACGAAGGCACAUUGGCUUCUUGGGGGUCACCGCGCAGUAUUAUCCUAACCACACCGCAGCGUGCCAUCACAGCACUAAACGAAAUAACCGAAGAUCCCGCCAAUGUUGUCUACGUGAUGAGCUCGCGCAUGCCCGAGGAAAUGGAACGGCUGUUCCGACAGGUCAACAAUUUGGGGUUGAUCGCCGAGAACGGAUGCUUCGUGCGCGAGCCAAACGGCGAUACAUGGACCCACCUCGCAGACAAAGUGCACGUCAAAGCGUGGAAAGCAGCUGUAUCUAACAUCCUAGCAUAUUUCCACGCGCGCGUGGAGGGUAGCUGGAUUGAAGAGCGCCACUGCUCACUCGUCUUCCACCACGGAUCAGCGGAAGACCGCCACGUCGCAGCUCGGUCUGCCGCUGAAUGUGCAGGCAAUAUCAACGACGCCUGCGCUGAUCAAGGUGUACAUGCUAUCCCCGUCGAAGGCGCCUUGAUUGUGGAAACCACCAAUACCAACAAAGCAUCCGCCGCCGAACUCGUCUGGAAAUGGUUCUCGGCGAACGCAGAAAAAAAGGAGGAUGUCAUCAAACCCGAUUUCUUGCUCGUUGUCGGUGACAAUCGCGACGAUGAGCCGGUCUUCCGUUGGGCCAAUAAACUGCAGAAGCUCAAGGCUGUUGACUAUGCUAUGACCGUUACAUUGGGCUCGCGCAGCACAGAGGCCAAAGCGACUCUAACUCAAGGAGUUACCGGUGUCUUGUCUUGUUUGCAGCAAUUGGCUGCCCCUCAAGGCCAAACCAAAAUACCAUUACAAGAGUGA